AUGUUUGAAAACACAGUGAACCACAUCAAAACCAGAUGUGAGGUGAUAAGAAAGGAACAAUUGGAGAAUGCUGGGGAGGAUGAACAGCUAAUUCAAUUGAAGUCACUCGACGACAGCUCUGAAUUAAUAGUUAAUCCUCCGGAAGAGGGAAGCGAAGAAUACAAAAUCUUCACCUCUAGCUUAUCUCCCGAAAUGCAAGCCGCUGUUCGGUCUGGGUCCUUGGAUGAAGUCAACAAAGUUUUUGCGACGAUGAAGAUUGCAGAUGCGGAACAAACUUUGGAAAUUUUCAAUCAGUGUGGAGUUAUUGGUGUCAGCGGUAUUCUAGAAAACGAGCAAGAGUUUGAACAAUUGAAAGAGGAAUACGAGGAACGCCAAAAUUUACCUGAACAUGGUGUCGCAAGAGAAACAGCUCAAGAGCAUCAACACGACUUGACACCGGAUGUUGUUGACUGA